AUGUGAGCUCAUCAUCACAGCCUACUACACAGUGCGAGACCACCAACAUUCAGAAUAAAAUCACUACUACCUUGAGUUCUGAAACGAAAAAACCUGAGAGUCCUGUGGGUUUAAUUGAACCUUUGGCGACAGAGGAUGAGGAGGCACUGAAGGAAGGUGCACAAGAGAGUAGAAAAUUAAGCUUGAGUGAGAGGAGGAAAACCAGCCUCGAUAAAAUAUACAUACCCAGAGCAGUGGAACCAGUUUCGGUCUUGGAUGUAAAAAUUGAUAACUUUGAUAGGGAUGAAUAUGUGUCAUACAAGAAAACUCUUGGUGAAAAUGAUGUACUCAUACCUGACUGCCCUCUCCUUCCCUGCAAUUCGAUGCUUACAGACCUUUCAAAGAUUGCCAAAACGAGAAGAAACUCCAAAGGAAACAAGAGCACUGAUUCCGAAAGGUCACGAAAAUUACCAAUCAUAACAGAUCACAUAAUGGAGACAAAUCUUGAAAAUCUUAGCAAAAGCCGUGAGCAAAAGACUCCCUCCAGAAAACAAAGCAUACCAAAGAAUGAGGUUCCUCAAAAGGACAAUGAAAAUGUUAAAAAUAAUUUGAAAACAACGAAAGACAAGGAAUAUGACCAGCCGUCACAUGAAAAUGAAAAGAAUACCGAUAAAUCAACAGAUAUUAAAGACAAUAAUAAUUAUAUCAACAAUAAUAAAAAGUCUCAGAAAAACAUGGCAUCCCCUGUGACGUCUCCCACGGUGGAAGACCCAUUUUUCCUUCAAGAUCAAGCACUGCCAAAGAGACCAAAUGCUCUACGCAAGCAGUCCCUUCCGACGGAGGAACUGUUUGGAGCGAGGCGCCCAAGAGCCAAUAGGAGAUCUAGUCUUAACCCUUCGUCAGAUUUUCUACAGCCUGGAAGGGCUGCGUGCAGAGGUUCCUUUCCCACAGUCCGAGAGACGGAGGAACACAAUUUCCUGUUUGAGGAUGAUGCCCCCAGGAGAAAAUUGUGGCACCGACGACACGUCCUGAACGCCCGCAAUGGAGAGGACUACUUUGUUCCUCCGUCAGAAAAGAAGGAGGGAAGCCCUGAACGCCCAGGGAGAGGAAGAAGCAAAACUGGGCAGCGGAAGAGGGACAAGCUGUUCAUCAACAGAAAACCCGAAUGGAAAAGCUACUGCGAGAACUCAAUCACAAUCAAAACUAGUGCCAAAAGAAGCGACGGUCAAUCAAAUGGCAUGAGGAAGGUGGACGCAAACGCCGCAAAAUCUGAAGGGUUUGGCAAAUUCUCGGCCUCGUCCCGCCAUCGCGAUCUCUCCACCAACAGUGACGACAGCUCUGACUCCCCCGGCAAAGGUCUCGACGACAGGGAAGGCAGCAGCACAAGGACCCAGAGGAAGACCAAAACCCACAAAUCACCCAGAAAGGGCCGACGUCAACCGCGAGAAGGCCACGUGAACCCCAUGGCGAAGCUCAGUCCCCUUGGAUUUGAGACGAAAGGAGACCUCUUUGCGAAUAGGGGCUGCGCUCUAGAAGGAGACGUGAUCGCGGAGGGCGUCCCGUUGGUGCCCUACGAGCCCCUGGUGGAAAACGUUACUCCUACGUCGCCAGGAGCCCCGGGCACUUACUCGGACGCUCCACCUCCUCACACAGGUGCAACAAGAAAGCAGCAGAGAGGAACGGGGAAGAAGCGGCGACACUCGCGAAGACAAGAGAGACCGAAGGGCGCCUCCUCCUCCUCCUCCUCCUCCUCCUCCUCGUCGUCAUCAAGGUCGUCUUCGUCGUCGUCGUCCUCGCGGGCCUCGUCAUCCGGGGACUCGAGGUCGUCGCUCUCCGUCCUCGUCCGAAUCGUCUGAAUCGUCUGAAUCCUCGUCGGAGUCAGAGUCAACAUCGUCUUCCUCGUCCGAUUCCUCUGAUAUUGAAGAUCUCAUUCUUUAACGAUUGGCCUCAAGUGGA